AUGAGUUACUAUACCAACCUCCAGGGCAAAUUUGCCCACAAGGUCGGCGAGCCUGUCCCUGAAUUCAACACCGAAUUCCCCGCCCACCCCGGCCUUGUCCACUUCCCCAUCGCCUUCAACAUCCUCGCCUGGGGCCUUGACAUCCUGUAUGCUCUGACCACCGUCUAUGUCAAGCCGGACUUCCUCACCAGCCGUUUCGGCUCCGCCUCGACCCUCUUGGAUAUCACCCGGCUGUCCUAUUUCCUCCUGUGCGCAGGCCUGAUCACCACAGUGCCUGCAAUCAUGUCCGGCAACAUCCAACUGGUCGGCAUGAUCAAGAAGAACGGCGGUCCAUGGGAAAAGGACGCCCAGGGAAAGCAGAAGAGCACGAUGGUGCCGCGGAUCAAGGCCUGCAUCACCCACGCCGUCAUCAACGACUUGGUGUUUGUGGUCAACCUGUACAGCUGGUAUCUGAGGAAGGACAAGGAAGGGGCGAUCAAUUUGGGCAAGACCCCGACCCAGACGAACCUCAUGAUCAGCAUGGCCUUGCUGCCAGCCCUGAUCGCGUCGGCCAAGAUUGGCGGCACUCUCGUGUUCAACCACGGUGUCGGCUUGAAUCUGGGCCGUAAGAAGUUCGAAUAG